AUGGAAGAUAAAAAGUACUUGAAAACUGUUGGCCUUCUCGAAUUAUUAUUAAGGCAGGCACCGCAGGAGUCUUAUAUAAGCUCAAACGACCUAAAUAACUAUAAAGAAAUUCUCAUCAACACAAGCGCUCACAGGAAGCAUUACAGUCCCUCUGAACCUAAUCGCAUUAGCAAUAAUAUCAAGUGGACAGAAUCAAAAGAAAAGAUUGAAAAUAAUAACAGCAAUAAAGAAAAUGAUAAUAGUAGUAGCAGUUCAAAGAAGGAAGAUGAGAAGCAGGAUAAUAUGAAUGAGAAAAAUCGAGAUGAAAAUGAAAAAGAGGAAGAGGAUCAACAAGAAUCGGAACAGGAUGAUAAUGAUGAUGUUGAUCAUAAUAGAGAAGAGGAGGAGAACAGUGUAAAUGGAUUUAAUUAA